AUUGAGUCGGUCUGGUGGGGUGGGGGUGUCAGUGUCAUGUUAUUGUUUGUCUGAUAUCUUUCUGAUCUUCUGAUGUCGGAUAACCAAAUUUUCUUUAGGUAAAAAGUGUGCUGUCGGCUGGUGUCACCAAAGCAAUAAUGCCUCAAGUCCACCAAAUAGACGACGCCAAGGGCCUCAAAGCAACCAAGAAGGCAGGUUCAAUGGCGCAAUCAAAUCCCAUUUUUGUAUACUCCAAAGAGUGUGAAGAAGGAACAUGUGCCGUGUGCUUGUGUGAGUUCAAGGAAGCGGAGGAAGUACGCGUGUUGCCCGAGUGCUUGCACUUGUUUCAUGCAACUUGUGUUGAUUCCUGGGUGAACUCCCACUCUAAUUGCCCGCUUUGCCGUGCUGAUCUUAAGCGAGUUCGCUUCAGUCGGAAGCGGUUUAGUGAGAAACCAUGGGUUAAGGGCUUGUGUUCCUGGGUCAAGAAUUGUUUCUCAGUUUGUGUUCCUGGGUCGAUAAUUGUUUCUCCAGCAACAUCUUCAAAUACCGUUGUGGAUGACACUAAAUGGACAAAUGAUAGACUUAGCCAGGAAGUUAUUAAGUUAAGAUCACAGGAUCUUCCUCAGAGAAGCAAACAUGAUGAAGAAGCUGGAAAUGAAAAGGAUGCUGCAAAGGCAAAGGCAGUGCCAAAAGCUGCAGGGGAUGGGAAUCUGAAACAUAGUAAGGAUAAUUCAAAGCCUCCGGAGCCACCAAAGGACGACAUUCAUGUCAGAGCAAGGCAGGACCAAGCUACGGAUAGCCAUAGUCUUGCUGAAAGAGUAAGGAGACAAAAAAUCAGUGAAAGGAUGAAGCUCCUUCAGGAUCUUGUUCCUGGUUGCAAUAAGAUAACCGGCAAGGCAGUGAUGCUGGAUGAAAUUAUAAAUUAUGUGCAGUCGUUGCAACGUCAGGUUGAGUUUCUUUCAAUGAAAUUGGGGACCGUGAAUCCGAGAAUGAAUUUCAACACAGAUGCUCAUUUGUCCAAUGAUGUGGAAAAUCUCACUUGCAAAGCCCAACUUCAAGAAGUUGAGCUGGAAAGAACAACCAAACAGCUAAAGGAAGCAAUAGCUAUUGCAGAAGAGGAAACUACAAAAUGCAAAGCAGCAGAGGAAGUCAUCAAGUCGCUUACUGCACAAUUGAUGGAAAUGAAUGAAAGGCUGUAUGUGGCAGCUGCUCAGAAUGUCAUAGCACCCUCUCCAAACACCCAGUUGCUUUCUAAUAACCACAAACAAACCCAUUUGGAUGCAACGGCUAGAAGCAGAAUGAAAGAAAGUGAAUCUGAAUAUGUUGAGCAAGAUGAUCCUGGAGUAUACAUUACACUUACCAACCUACCAGGCGGUGUCAAGGAUCUUAAGCGAGUUCGCUUCAGUCGGAGGCGGUUUAGUGAGAAACAAGCAGAGCAGUGGUGGGCGGAAAACCGGGCAAGAGUAUAUGAACAAUAUAAUGUGCAGGUGAUUGACAAGUCAAGUGUUAGGGUUGGGAGCGAGGACUUGGCUCAUUGACAUAUGAAGAUAAUUAUACGAAGCAUAUAUAAGUAAAUAAUCUUAUCAUUUUUGUUUCUUCUUUCUGGAAUUUUCUUUGAUUCGUUAGUGACUUGAGAAAGAAUCAAACCUGUUGUUGAUAUCCUACUUUCUCAGUCUAUAUAUAUCAGUCUUACGUUGAGGGAUGUAUGUUUGUUUAAUAUAUAGUUUGGAUGGAAAAGUGCAGCUAUUGAAAGGUUUGAAGAAAAAGAAAUCUGCUUAGAUGGAUUGCACCGUGGAUAUUAAUCUCGAAUUUGCUAGAAAUCCAGAAUUUGAAAUGCAAGUGAUGUCUUCUUAGAAUAUAUAUAUAUAUACCUCCCUUUUUCCCUC